GGACAGGGCGGACCCGCCCAGCUCUACAGGACGCGGCGCCGCCAUUGGAGCGGGUCGGGGCCGCCUCCCGUCGCCACCUCCCUGUCCUCAGACAGGCGGCUGCCGGCUGGGAUGAGGUAUUUCGGGUUUGCUGCUGAUCCUCCGAUGGGGGGAUGCUUUGGUUGCUCCUAAACACCGGAUGUGCUGGGUCAGUGAACUGUUACUCCAAGAAGCAGAGCUGAGAGGACAAGCUGAGAAAACAUCAUUGCAGUGGCAAGCAGCAAUGCAACAACUUCCCCAAUAUCUCUAAUCUAAGGAAACAUGUACUUACUCAACUGCAACAAAGCAAUAUUUGUGGUUUUUUAAGUCACUGAUAGUGACGUGGUCCAGCCUUCUCAGUGCCUGCUGAAAAAGACUUCUAUUCUUUUAUACCUUUAAGAGAGACUAGAAGUCCCUCAGCAGGAUUUAAGAUCUUCCUGGACACUUCAGCCCUGCCCACACACACAAUGAUUGACCUAAGCUUUCUAACCGAGGAGGAACAAGAGGCAAUAAUGAAGGUGCUGCAAAGGGAUGCAGAGCUUAAAAAAGCUGAAGAAGAGAGAGUCAGGCACUUACCAGAAAAAGUCAAAGAUGAUGUUCAGCUGAAGAAUAUGAGUGGACAGUGGUUUUAUGAAGCAAAGUCAAAGAGGCAUAGAGAUAAGAUCCAUGGAGCAGAUAUUAUCAGAGCUUCCAUGAGAAGGAAGCCUGCUACUCUUGCUGAAGUGAGUCAGAGCAAAUCAAACAAAGCAAAGGACAGCUGGGUGAGCAAUGUUAACAAAGAAGUCUUUGCGCUGCCAGAACUACAUGGCAUUGUGGAACAUCAAGAAGAAGAAGAAGAACAGAAAUCUAGUUCAAGUUCUGACCCAGUAACCUCUUUGUUAGACAAACCAGAUAGAAGAUCUGUGAAGGCAGCAACAUCAACAGCAAAACAAAGGAGAAAUCCAUUUAAUUCCAUUAUAUCAACUGAUAACUUCAGCAGUGGAGAAUCAGAAAGCGGACAAGCCAUUCUACCUCAGCUAUCAAAUAAGGAAAUUUUGUUACCUUCAGAGGAGAGCCAACCUAAAGCAAACUUAGAAAAUGAUGAAAUGGAGACAUCUAAGAAACCUUCUGAAGAGCCUACUGAGGAAUCACAGAAAGGACCAGAUAAGCGACCUGUCCCCAGAGCUAGAAAAUUAGUUCACAAAGUAACUAAUCCUGUGCCACAGGGAGAAGACACUGUUCCCAAACCAGCAAAACGGACCCAGGGGGUUAAUGGCACUGUUACACUGCCCAGGGGCAUUCUGAAGCGCAGUUCAAGUUCCAGUUCCACUGACUCAGAAGUUCGUGCUAAUCAGAUGUUAGAUGUUCAGAGUAAAAAUGGUAUUCCUAUCACAUCUAUUUUAGAAGGAGAAGCUGACAGGAAUUCUUUUAUGGAAGAAGCAGAAGGUUCCACACAAACUUCACUGGAAAAAUUAAAACAAGUGAGGUUCUCUUCUAGCACAGGAAAAGGAGAACCUUUGCAAAGCCCACAGCUACUUCAUAGAAAAGAAAAACAAGAGUCUGAUUUGUUAAAAUCCAGUGAAGUGAAGACUAGAGAAAAUGAUGCUAGUAGAUCAGAUUCUCUUGAGAAUAAACAGACUUCCACUGUAAAGCCUCUGGAGACCUACUCAUCAGCUCAACAAGUGAAAACAAUAGAUAGUUUACAAGAAGAUAUGUCAGCAUCCAGUCCUCAUGGCACUAAUAAGUCAGUCUCCCUUGUUAAUCAGACACUGCAGACAAAGAUCGUUACUCCUAAGAAACUUGAAACUCCAGAGAGGAUCUCCACCAAUAUCCCGCCAAAGAGCAAAGAUGAACAGAACGUUGACCAAAUACAUGAAAAUAACUCCAAGUUUUUGAGCCAUGAAUCAAAAUCUCUCAAAAACUUUACUGAUGAACAUCUGCUUUCUGCUGAGACAAAAACACAAGAACUGUCAGAUAGAAAUUCUUCAGGCCUUCAACAAGGUUCAGAAGAAGAAUUAAAUCCUGUUUUGAUGGCUUUGAAAAGGAGUGCAGAUAGGAAAAUGCCUUCCAAAAGUCUAGAGGACAUUCCAUCAGCUACUUCAAAUAAAGGAAAAAUAAAUGUUCCAAAGGAAGAAAUAGCUCUUAGUGCUGAAGAUGGUCUGAAACCUGAUCAGCAUCAAGUGAGGAAUGGAAGUGCAGCAGGAAUCUCCACAGUGCCUUCACAGCCUGAUAAGCCAUUUUCCAAUCCUGAAAAAGUCAAAGGACUCAGCAAGUCAGUACCAUCAUUCCUACAGGAAGAGAGCGAUGACAGAGAGACAGAUACAGCAUCAGAAAGCAGUUAUUCCUUUGGGAGAAUCAAGAAGAGUCCCAGCUCUCUAACCAAUCUUAGUGGUUCUUCUGGCAUGGCCUCCUUAUCCUCUGUGAGCGGAAGCUUAAUGAGUGUCUAUAGUGGAGACUUUGGCAGUGUCGAUGUGAAGGGGAACAUUCAGUUUGCUAUUGAUUACGUAGAACAACUGAGCGAACUCCACAUUUUCAUUUGCCAGUGUAAGGACUUGGCAGUUGCAGAUGUCAAGAGACAGCGUUCAGACCCGUAUGUGAAGACCUACCUGCUUCCAGAGAAAUACAAGCUGGGCAAACGGAAGACAUCAGUGAAAAAGAAAACGUUUAAUCCAGUCUUCAAUGAAAUACUGCGGUACAAAAUUGAGAAAGAUCUCCUAAAGAACCAAAGCCUUAAUAUCUCUGUCUGGCACAAUGAUACCUUUGGGAGGAAUAGCUUCCUUGGUGAAGUGGAGCUGGAUUUAGGAACUUGGGACUGGAAUGAUAAAUCCAACAAGCAGAUCAACUGGUUUCCACUCAAGCCUAGGACUUCAACGACGGCUUUUGAACUGGAAAACAGAGGGGAGAUGAAGCUUGCCCUCCAGUAUGUUCCACAGCCUGUUGGAGGAAAGAAAAUUCUGUCCACUGGUGAGGUCCACAUCUGGGUGAAGGAAUGCCGUGAUCUUCCUCUUCUGAGGGGCAACAGACUCAACUCUUUUAUUAAGUGCACAAUUCUUCCAGAUACCAGCAGAAAAAGUCGCCAGAAAACAAGAACAGUGUCAAAAACAACAAACCCAGUAUUCAACCAUACCAUGGUCUAUGAUGGUUUUAGACCAGAAGAUUUGAAAGAAGCCUGCAUAGAACUCACAGUUUGGGAUCACAACAAACUUGUCAACCAUUUUCUGGGAGGUCUCAGGAUAGGCCUUGGAACAGGCAAAAGCUAUGGGACUACAGUGGACUGGAUGGAUUCCACUUCAGAUGAAUCAGCCCUGUGGGAGAAGAUGAUAAAGUCACCCAACACAUGGGUGGAAGAUACACUACCUCUCAGGAUGCUCAUGGUUGCAAAACUGACAAAAUAAGGGCUUUCCAAUUGCUAGCAGCAAAAAGAAUUCUUGGGAAUGGAAUUGAAAGGUGUAGUGGUGAAGCUUGGAAGAGGAGCACAAUAGCUCCAUUCAUAGCCUGUGUUCUGUGGCUGUUCUGUUUCUGUGCUAUCAAGUGUCACUUCAUAUUUUAGGCUAAAUUUCUGCCUGCAGAUCGAUGCAAAUUUAAGGGGCUAGUUCUUAUUCACUGAAAAUAAACUUGAAUAAGAAUGCACUUAGCAACGGAGUGGUAGAGGAAACUGUGGUACCUGAGUGCUUGUGUUGCCUAAUUGAAGUUGCUUAAAUCUAAACUGCCAGUCAAAAAAAGAAAAGCGAGUAAACUUUGCACUUCCUGGAUUGUUUGUGAGGUGUUGUUCAUGACUGAAUGGCAACAGGUGGCCUUUUGUUCGUGCUCCUCAGCAUCCCUCUACAGCUGAAUCCUCAUUGUGCUACAUUGGAUCUUUCCAACAAGGACUGUGGACUGUGUUCUUAAAUAAGUCCCUUUAUCUGUGGUUGUAUUUUAUAUGGUAUAGAAGUUGCUUCUAUAACAGAAGAAGCACUACAUGAAGUGGAACUGUUGACAUCUUAUUCUGCAAGGUGCAGAGGACUGUUAAUUCCUGUUUCAUUAAGUUUAUAAAGUUUGCUUAUACAUUUGUUCAUCACCUUGCUAAUAAAUCAACAUUAUGUUUAAAUGCUGAA